UGGCCCCGGUGUCUGGGCGUGGCCGGGCCAGCGGAACGGGCCGGGGCGCCGGGCGCAGCCAUGUCCUUCUGCUCCUUCCUGGGGGGAGAGGUGUUCAAGGACCACUUCCAGCCGGGUAUUUACGUGUGUGCCAAGUGUGGCCAUGAGCUCUUCUCCAGCCGGGCCAAGUACGAGCACUCGUCCCCGUGGCCGGCGUUCACCGAGACCCUGCGCGGGGACAGCGUGGCCAAGCGCCAGGAGCGCCCGGGGGCUUUAAAGGUGACCUGCGGCAAGUGUGGCAACGGGCUGGGCCACGAGUUCCUCAACGACGGCCCCAGGAGGGGCCAGUCCCGCUUCUGAAUAUUCAGCAGCUCGCUGAAGUUCGUCCCGAAAGGUAAAGCUGACAACGACCUGAAGGAGAAGUAAGCGAGCUGCUGCACCCGGCACUGCCCUGGGCUGAUCCUGCCUUCGCUCCUUGGCGUGCACUGUCCUGCCAAGGGGCCCCACAGCAGGAAGAACCCCAAGGAAGCUCCUGGUUCAAGUUUUCCCCUGACUGCCCCCUGAUUUCCUGGUCACGGUUUCCCCUGUUUUCCCUGGCCCAGUUUCCCCCUGGUUUCCCUGUCACGGCUCUCUCCUGGUUUCCCUGGUCCAGUCCCAACUUGGGGCUCUUCCAGCUCCAUCCAAGGAGCUGCUGUGCCUGUGCUGAGCUCUCAGUUUGCUGCUGACAGUGUCCAGAUCCCAGGCAGGCACCGAUGCAAUCCAGGCUGGCUCCGCUGGCACUUCCAGGGAAUAACGCGGGAUUAGCCGAGCUCGGGGUCGGGGUUAAUCCCUGGAGCUAUUCUGGGCUGGGAUCAUGGUAUGAACUGCCCUAUAUAAACCCUUCCAGAGUGCUGGGGCAGCGAUGUUUUAUGUUCCCCCCGGGCAGCAUCCAGGUGUUUUCCCUCUGUGCCCACCUCCCUUCCACGCCGGCGCCCCGGGCUCUGCCCUGGCCUUACACCUGAUCUGCACUGUGCAAUAAAUCCCAGGGACGCUCCUCUGAGCUGCAGCCACGCUGAUUCUCCUUAAUUCCACGCCUGAUCCGUGGCCUUCCCUCCCUGCCCCAGGUGCCAGACCCUCCUCUGGAAGGAUCUUUGGAGAGGGGAAGGGCUGCCGCUGACCCGUGGGGUUUAGAGGGGUGCAGCUGCACUCGGGGCCGUGUUGGGGCCUUUUCCUUCCACGUGCUUUGCCUCGAUCCCACGGAUCCGAGGGCGCCGGGGGGAAGUUUGCCACGCCGGCUCCUGGAGCUCCCUGCUGGUCUGGUACCUCUCCAUGCUGAAAAUAAAGCACUGAUUCACUGUG